UCGACACCAAUUCCAUCGCCACCGUCGCUAAUUCCCGGAUUCCCGCCACUUAAGCAUUCUGGUGUCGAAUAUCCUCUUCUUAUUGUUAUUAUAUUGACGUCGCCGCCAUGCCUAGUGUAGCAACUUACGUCAAGGCCAUCACCGCUGGAGCUGCGCUGUGCAUAGGGGGCCCCGCUCUGGUCAUGUACGUGACGCCGACCGAAGAGGAAAUCUUCAAAAAAUACAAUCCCGACCUCCAGAAAAGGGCUCUUGAGACGAGAGAGCAACGUCAGCAAGAAUUUGACACUUUUGUGGGUCAAUUGAAGGAAGCUUCAAAAUCGGACAGACCGAUUUGGCUUGUCCAGAGAGAUAUGGAGAGGAAGCGAGCUGAGGAGGCUAAAGAGCGCUUAAGAGAUGAACAGGCCGCAGCAGCGGCUGAGACAGAGAAGCAGCGAGAAGCGAUUAGGUCGAGCACAAAAUGAAAAAUUGAUCCUCGAGGCUGUGUAUAGUAUUUACCCUCGCACUUUGUAUAUACACGUAAGCGG